UCACAUCUUUGGGAAAAUCUGAAGAGGUUCUAGCUUCAACAGUGAUUGAACGGAACUUUGGACUUGUUGGAAUUUUCUUUGGAGAACGUUGCAUUUCAUAUUUAUUUUUUACAAUUUUGAUAAUAAAACAAUCAAAAAAGUUCAGCAGAAAUGGAUUCUCAGGUUCGCCAGAACUACGACAGCGACUGCGAGGCUAAGAUCAACAAGAUGGUGAAUUUGGAGCUUUAUGCUUCAUACACUUAUACCUCAAUGGCUCAUUACUUUGAACGGGAUGAUGUCGCCCUUCGUGGUUUUGCAAAGUUCUUCAAGAAGAACAGUGAGGAGGAGCGCGAGCAUGCAGAGAAAUUCUUGGAGUUUCAGAACAAGAGGGGUGGACGCAUUGUCCUUCAGGACAUAAGGAAGCCUGAGCGUGAUGAGUGGGGCAAUGGUCUGGUUGCUAUGCAGUGCGCUCUGCAGCUGGAGAAGAACGUCAACCAGGCUCUGCUGGAUCUCCAUAAAGUCGCUUCUGACAAGAAAGAUCCUCAUCUGUGUGACUUUCUGGAGACUCACUACCUGAAUGAGCAAGUUGAGAGCAUUAAGAAGAUUGGUGACCACAUCACCAACCUUUCAAAGAUGGAUGCUGGAAACAACAGACUGGCAGAGUACCUGUUUGACAAGCACACCCUGGAUGGAGAGAACUAAAUCAUGACCUGAACAUGUUCUUAAAUCAUCAAGCAAUGUUUGAGCAGCUACCAUCAAGUUUCAUGUUAUAAUUUGAUGCAUUUCUAACUCAUCCAAUAUUUCAUGAUGAAUUUAAGAAUACUUGAUGAAUAAACAUUUUAGCUGAA